AUGUCUAUGGUUCAAAUUACUCGUAAAAUUGGCGAUCAAAUUUAUUUAAUUGAAUUGCAAGCUACAGUCGAAAAAGUCUCAGAAACAUUCGAUAUAGGAACUCUUGAAAUUAUUCAGGAAAACAAUAAAAAAAAGGCUGCUAUUUACGUAGGAAAUCAAUGCAUGGAAGGUGUUGUUGAGACUUUGCAGAAGCCUUUAGCUGUUUUACAAAAAUCGCAUGUUGGAAACGACAGUUUGCCCAUUCAAGAACUGAAUAUUGUUUCUUUCAUUAAAGAGAAAAUUCGCUUUAGUUCACGUCCUUUACCUGUGAAAAUUUAG